GCGCCUCCUCACUCUCGUCCCAGACUGUCUCAACAUCCCGAACUAUGAGGGUGGGAGUUUCCGUCGCCGUCUUGCUGGCCACCUUGGUCCUGACAGUCACCGCAGAAGAGGAGAUAAGCUUAGACGAGGGCGUCCUGGUGUUGACGAAAGGCAAUUUCAAGAAGGCAACGGAAGACAAUGAAUUCAUCUUGGUCGAGUUCUAUGCCCCGUGGUGUGGCCACUGCAAAGCUCUGGCACCAGAGUAUGUCAAAGCUGCAGCCAAGCUGACUGAGUUGGAGUCUGCCAUCAAGCUGGGUAAAGUUGAUGCCACAGAAGAAACUGAACUUGCUGAGGAACAUGGUGUCAGGGGCUACCCCACCCUCAAGUUCUUCCGCUCUGGCAAGGCUGUGGAUUACAAUGGUGGGCGCCAGGCUGAAGAGAUUGUCAACUGGCUCCUGAAGAAGACUGGUCCCCCAGCCAAGGCCAUUGCUUCAGUUGAUGAAGCAAAGGCAUUGAUUGAUGAGAAGCCAGUUGUGAUCAUUGGUUUCUUCAAGGACCAGGAAUCUGAUGGUGCCAAGCAGUUCCUGGCGGCUGCUGCUGCCACCGAUGACCAUCCAUUCGGCAUCACAUCAGAGGAUGCUGUCUUCAAAGAAUAUGAAGUAGAAGGUGAGGGCAUCAUCCUCUUCAAGGACUUUGAUGAGGGCAAAAACAAGUAUGAGGGAGAGCUGACUGAGGAGGACAUCACCAAGUUUGUCAGUGCCAACUCUCUGCCCCUGGUGGUCGAUUUCAACCAUGAGACUGCUUCCAAGAUCUUUGGUGGUGAGAUUAAGUCCCACCUACUGAUCUUCCUGUCUAAGGAGGCUGGCCACUAUGAUGCACACUUGGAGGCUUGCAUCAAUGCUGCUAAAUCCUUCAAGGGCCAGGUUCUGUUUGUCACGAUCAACACUGAUGAGGACGACCAUGCACGCAUCCUUGAGUUCUUCGGCAUGAAGAAGGAAGAGGUUCCUGGGCUGCGUAUCAUCAAGCUGGAGGAAGACAUGGCCAAGUACAAGCCUGACACCUAUGACCUCAGUGAGAGUGGCCUGACCACCUUUGUUCAGAAGUUCCUGGAUGGAAAGUUGAAGCAGCACCUUCUCUCACAGGAUUUGCCCGAGGACUGGGACAAGGAACCAGUUAAGGUCUUGGUGGCUUCCAACUUUGAUGAGGUAGCAUUCAGCAAAGAUAAGAAUGUUCUUGUUGAGUUCUAUGCCCCAUGGUGUGGGCAUUGCAAGCAGCUGGCUCCCAUCUAUGACCAGCUUGGAGAGAAGUUCAAGGACGAUGAUUCCAUUGUCAUCGGCAAGAUGGAUGCCACAGUGAACGAGUUGGAGCAUACAAAGAUCCAGUCCUUCCCAACGAUAAAGCUCUAUAAGAAGGACACUAAUGAGGUGGUUGAAUACAAUGGCGAGCGUACAUUGGAUGGUAUGUCCAAGUUCUUGGAAACAGGCGGUGUCUAUGGUCAGGCAGCCCCUGAGGACAUGGAGGAUGAGGAAGAGGAGGACGAGGAAGGUGAUGUGCCUGCAAAGGACGAACUCUAGGCUGUAUUACAGUUGAUAACAAUUGGGAUUUUGCUUUCUCAGAUGAGAAAGUGUUUGUCCUUGCAUAUUAGUUUAGAAAGGAGCUCCCAUUUACCAAAAUUAAGUAACUUAUUGGUUUACUAAAGAGCAUAAUAACAUGUUACAAGUGACCCAUGACCCAUUAUUGCCUCGGGAUGAAAGUAUUAUUCUUGCCAUGGAUGAAGUAAUAGUUUACCCAGGGAGUUCCUUGUAAAGGAGUUAUUUCUGAUAACUUCUUUAGUUAACCAAAACAUGUUGAAUGUUGGAAGCUUUCAUUCAAAAUGUGAUGAAUGAGCAAUGUAUGCAAAGAAUAUUUUUUCUAUGCUUUAAUGUAUUUGAUCACAUUCCUUCAACCGUUUUUGUAAGUGAGGCAUUCUAACCCUUGUGACUGGGUAGGUACAAUUCCCAAACAGUUAGUAUUAAACUUCCACAUUUCUUUGCUGUGGUGCCGGUCAGUGGAAGAUGGUGGUAACGCUGACUAAGGUGUUGUUGUUAACAUUAUCCAUGCUGUACUGUUGUCUUCCGCGGCCCUGAUCUGUUCCCUGGACAAAGCACAAUGCUUCCCGUCACAGUGUGUGGUGUGCAUGAAUGAGGAGUCUGCGAUCCCUGAGCAAUGUAUGAUUAAACCCAAUGACUUUUUUCCAAUAAAAGUGAAAAAUCUGUA